CGCUCUUCAGGACGCGGGCUCAGUCAGUAUCACGACGCCGGCCAGUGUGUUGUGCUGUUUGCCUCGAGUAUACAAUUUUUUUUCUCACGUUUUAUUACGUAAAAAGAGAACAAAUAUUGGCAUUAACUUACUUGACUUGUGCCAGAGGAGCGAGAAGAAAUUAAUCACCGGAUUACUUUGACGUUUUGAUUUUUAGAAUAUUUAUUUUCGAGGGCAGGAGGAAAUACCAACGACCGGCCGGUGUUCAUUUGAUUCUAAACUAUUAGGAAGUCUCUUCUUUUCAACUUUAUUUUUUAAUUACCGACGUGGUAACCCGUUUUUUAUUUGUUUGUUUAUUUAAUUUAUUGUGCUUAAUAUGGCGUCGUCUCAAAAAAUUUUUGAUCGUUUAACAUGCCGUCAAGUAUUGAACAUAAUGGUGAUACUAGGAUUUAUGCUCAAUUACAUGCUCAGAGUGAAUCUCACCAUAGCUAUUGUUGCAAUGGUCUUUCCAAAUAACUCGACACAUUCCAAUUUAACGCAUGGUAAUCACGAAUGCUCCGGAGGUACAGCAGCCGUGAAUUUAAACAAUUCAACGAUAAUUCAUGAUUAUGGAGGAGGACCAAAUCAGUCAGAAGCAUCUCACAACAGUCAUGAAGAGGAUGAAGAGAGGGCACAAACGAGAUACGACUGGGACGAAUACGAAGUGAACUUCAUUCUGGGUGCUUUUUUCUGGGGAUACAUAUGCACAGAGUUACCAGGUGGUAGAUUAGCCGAAGUAAUAGGGGCUAAACGAGUAUUCGGAUACAGUAUGUUGAUUUCAAGUAUUGUAACAGUAUUCACCCCAGUAGCAGCAACACUGGGGCCGGGAAUGGUAGCAGCUCUUCGAGUAGUCUUAGGAUUUAUGCUGGGUGCAAGCUGGCCUGCUAUCCAACCAAUGACAUCUCACUGGAUCCCACCCAUGGAGCGCAGCAAGUUCGUCUCGAAUAUGAUGGCGUCGUCUUUGGGAGCUGCCAUAACGAUGCCCAUCUGCGGCUACCUCAUCGCCUCCAUCGGUUGGGAAUCAGUUUUCUAUGUAACGGGAGGAAUUGGAUUGGUCUGGAGUAUAGCCUGGUUUAUGCUGGUAUUUGAUUCGCCGGCGGAACAUCCGAGAAUCAGUGAUGAAGAGAAAAAGUUUAUUGAGGAGUCCAUUGGCUCCACGUCAUCCAAGAAAGUGUUCCCUGUCCCUUGGAAAUCAAUUUUCACAUCUCUCCCGGUUUGGGCAAUCGUGAUAACUCACGGAUGCAGUGUAUUCGGUUACUUCACUGUUGUCAAUCAACUCCCAACGUACAUGAAAUAUAUUCUCGAUUUCAACAUAAAAGAGAAUGGUCUGUUGUCAUCUCUCCCCUACAUCGGCAAAUACGUUUUUGCAUUGGCAACAUCGACACUGGCCGACUAUCUUCGGAGAACCGAAAGGCUCUCGGUGACCGCAAUCCGGAAGAUAUUCACGACAUUUGCUGUCAUCACCCCCGGACUAUUUAUGAUCCUCCAAGCAAAUUACGGCUGCGAUCGAACCUUCUCCGUCGCUAUAUUUACUAUAGCAUUGACCAUCAAUGGAGCUGUCACUGCUGGAUAUCUGGGAAAUGGUCUUGACAUUGCGCCAAAUUUCUCUGGAACAAUAUUCGGUCUUGCCAAUACUCUGAGCUCGUUGGGUGGAUAUCUUAGCAGUCUGAUGGUGGGCAUAUUUACGUAUAAAAAUCAAACAUAUCAUCAGUGGACAUAUGUCUUCUGGAUCCUAGCAGUUACUUAUAUCACUGGAGCCCUGUGUUUCGCCUUCUUCGGAACUGGAGAGUUGCAAAAGUGGAAUAGUCCGGAGGCAGACGAUCCCAAAAAGACUGAUGAAGAGAAUGAAGACACGGAUGAAGCUGUUCCCCUGAAGAAAAUCACAGCUGCGUGAUGUUUCUUUUUUAUGUUUCUCGAUGUUUUCACUGUAUCUUUUGCAUUAUAAUUUAAUGUGAAUAUUAAGUGUUUUACAGCAAACAUUCCCAAUAAAAUUAUAGGGAUGAAAUAAAUGGUUGUGUUGCGUUGAAUGUGAAAAAUUGAAAAAUUUCAUUUGUCAACCUCCACAGGGAGGUGUGGAGACAAAUUACCUGAUCAAUACUUCUCACUCUAGGACAGCAAAAUACGACCCUUCGCCCUGGAGGAAUAAUAUACUAUUUUAGGGACGCAUUUCUGACCCAAGACCUACUAUAAAAAAUCUUUGUAGAAGAGAAAUAAUAAAGAGGUUAUAUUUAAAUAUUCUAGACAA